AUGGACGGAUUAAACGAAUUCCGCACCAUGCGAGUUGCUGAAGUUCUCUCUGAUUUCCGAACACUUCAAUACUACAUAGCUGCGGCACCAGUCGACCCUGUGGACACAGCGGAUUACUACACCGAAGGCUGGGCAGCUCUUCGACAAUGCGCACUGGACGGUCAACACAUUCUGGAAUGUGGUGCAGACACCAGUGUACCUAAUCCCCCUGGAGGCGAGCAGGAGCAGAUGAAGGCCGAGCUCAAGCAGGUACUCCUGGACGCGUACUCGAGACGGCACGAAGGCCAAAAGAUCUAUCUCCGACAGGCAGCGGCACAACGAUGGGUCGAAUACAGAAACCAGGUGCUUCAGGGCGGCGUACCCAACUCUAGAAACCAAUCUCAACUCCGGGCGUGCGACCAGCAGUUGCGAGCAGAGCUCUCAGCAGUCGUCGACGAAGUAAUCUACAACGAGCUAAAGGCCUCGGAUGAGCAAAUGGGCCGCUGGACGGCCGAAGAUCCCAGUCUCCGAAGUGUGCUACGCUGGCUCCGAGCACGCAGGUGAACUGAGAACAAGGGAGACAACAAAAAAGCGACUACGAUCUACGAUACCCCAUGAGCAACAGUUGUGACGAACGAGAGACGAAAACGAAAAGACCAAAGAAAACGCCCGCGUCUACGCUAAUCAUGAGAUUCUUUCCCUUACUACUUCUACGAUUCUUGACGAACCUUUUUUGACGACCGAACUAUUCAAGGGGGAGAGUUGCGGCUUGGGGUAUGAUUUUUUGCGCAAAGGAUAAACCGGUUUGUUUCUUUUUACUUUCAUGACCUUACGAGUCAUGGUUUUCAUUACAUGUCUGUUAUAAACGGUACAGCAUGAAGUUUCUAGCAUAAGCUACACUUUAGAUAGAGGGAGAGUAUCCUCCUUGUUAGGACAGGGCCUAGGUAUUUGAGGUUGAUGGGGCUGGGCUCCUUUGAACUGCCUGGAGCAGAUGAAUCAAUUGACUAUUAUUACAAU